GGGUGGGCCCUUUCGUCUUUAUGGUUCAGCGUUUGGCCACGCGAUUGGUUGCCAGUGCGAGAACGGAAGACGAGGAAGAAAACCGAAGGGGGCGUCGCUCUUUGACCCCGGAAGCGUUUGUAAAAGGCCUCGGACGCUGUUCCAGGUUUGAAUGAAUCGGGCUGAUUCAUCGCGGCCCGGCAGAGCGGAAGGCGACACAGAACUGUUGUUCGGAGUAGAAAGAGCUGAAGCGGAGCCGGGUUGCAACGGCCGUAACGGCGACAGGUAGGAAUUAAAUUUCACCUGCAUCAAAACUUGGAGAUCCAGUUGAUAUCAAGAACAGAGUUGGUGAAAGGAACUUUAAACUAGAAAAUAUGGAUAGACUUCUGCGACUUGGAGGAGGUAUGCCUGGUCUGGGACAGGGGCCUCCUACUGAUGCUCCUGCAGUUGACACAGCUGAACAGGUUUACAUCUCUUCCCUUGCACUUCUGAAGAUGUUAAAGCAUGGUCGAGCUGGUGUUCCGAUGGAAGUUAUGGGGCUGAUGCUUGGAGAAUUUGUUGAUGAUUAUACCGUCAGAGUGAUUGAUGUGUUUGCUAUGCCACAGUCAGGAACGGGGGUUAGUGUAGAAGCAGUUGAUCCUGUGUUCCAAGCCAAAAUGUUGGAUAUGCUCAAGCAGACAGGAAGACCUGAGAUGGUUGUUGGCUGGUAUCACAGUCAUCCUGGCUUUGGCUGUUGGUUAUCUGGUGUGGAUAUCAAUACACAGCAGAGUUUUGAAGCCUUGUCGGAACGAGCUGUAGCUGUAGUAGUGGAUCCCAUUCAGAGCGUAAAAGGAAAGGUUGUUAUCGAUGCCUUCAGAUUGAUCAAUGCUAAUAUGAUGGUCUUGGGACAUGAACCAAGACAAACAACUUCAAAUCUGGGUCACUUAAACAAGCCAUCUAUCCAGGCUUUAAUUCAUGGACUGAAUAGACAUUACUACUCCAUUACUAUCAACUACAGGAAGAAUGAACUAGAACAGAAGAUGUUGCUCAAUUUACAUAAGAAGAGUUGGAUGGAAGGUUUAACCCUUCAAGACUACAGUGAACACUGCAAACUGAAUGAAACGGUGGUGAAGGAAAUGCUGGAAUUAGCAAAGAACUACAACAAGGCUGUGGAGGAAGAAGAUAAGAUGACACCUGAACAGCUGGCAAUAAAAAAUGUUGGCAAGCAGGACCCCAAACGUCAUUUAGAAGAACACGUGGAUGUGCUGAUGACUUGCAACAUUGUUCAGUGUUUAGCAGCAAUGUUGGAUACCGUUGUAUUUAAAUAAUGACUUACUCAGAAAUGCUGUUUCCUGUCUAUAAUCCUCCAUUGUAUAAAGUACUGAGACUAAGAUAUAUUUGGAUGUCAAAGACAUCUGGCAUCAUUUGAAGUCUAAGAGCAUCACUCUAACACCUCUUCAUCUCUAUUGUGCAAUUAGCUAAGAGAAUGUCAGGAUAUCUGCAGAUUCCAGAGCAAUUCAAGAACUGAAUUAGGAAACGUGUUUUCAUUUUAAUAUUUUGAAGAUAAUUGGCAGUACAUAUACAUUGAUUAUUGCUGUGUAGUUUUUUUUAAAAAAACAAAAACCUGUAAACCUUACUUAGUGUUCUGUUGGUGAUGUUCAUGAAUUGGGGGAGGGUCUUUCUGUUGUUGACAAUUCUGUACGAAGCUGAACAAGCAGAGAAAUAUAUUUCAGUAAGCUGACAAAACAUAGAGGCCUGUGGUAUGGAUGUGGUUUUUGCAGAGACCUGUUCUACCCGCAAGAAGCAUUAACAUAGUCUUGUAUUUUGCUAUGGCACAGGGCUGAGCCCCAGAAUCUUUUUUUAAACAGCUUAAAAUGCAAGAAGUGCUACUAGAACACUCAUAAGCAUCAGAAAAGCACUUCUCAGCACUGAGUACAUGGUUUGUUGCUAUCUCCUCUGGGAUUAGAGCUUUUCAGAUCUGUGGGAUGUGGUUUCCAAGGAGGCUUGGGCCUUCCGCGUAGCCAUUAACCACUGAUCAUGGCUGUUUGCCAAAACAGGAAAUCACUGCAAACAUCUGUACAAAAGAAAAUGGAAACAAGUUACACAGUACUGGAGUUUAGUUUGUCUGGCUUAGGCUUAAUGAAUAGCCUCUGAAAUGUAUCAGUCAGAAACCUAGAUAGUUGAAAGUGAUGAUAGCUGCCAUUAGUUUGAUAUGAAAGCCCAGUUAAUCUGAGCAAUAGUUUUAGACAAGGGGAUUCCUACUGGAGUUAAACCAAAAGACAUUUAUGGGAUGAGUGCCUGAAGGAGAAAGCUAAGAAAGAAGUAUCUCAAAUUAUCAAAUGCUCUGUGAACAAAUGAACUUACUAAAAUGUUUGUGAGAACCUGGUAAGGUAAUCAUGAAACUGGCUCCAGCUUCCAGGUAUAGUGCUCUAAGCUAUGAAGAGGGUUCUGUAUAUUUUACAACUGUUCUGUAGAGAACAGAAUUCUGUAUUUCAAGAACCUCAGUUUUCAGUCCUUUUUUUCUUCCCAUCGCCAUCAACUUUGUUAUGGUCACCAGCCAGAAUUUACACCUACAAAAGAGUGGGGAGAAAUUAAGUACAGAUUUGAGAGAUAUGCAACGAAAUCAAUUCUAGAGAGACCUGGUUCUCAUAGCAUUUAGAAAGAAUUUAGCGAAAGCCUCUGUUGUGAUUCUUGUCCUCUGUGGCCCUGAAGCAAUGAAGAAUCUGGUGUCCAGCAAUAAUUUCUUUCUAUAAUCUUUAUAUAAAAAAAGCAACAGAAUAGAACGUGAAUAACCGAUUCAGUUUCAUUGCUUCCACAUGGGCUUAAGUGAUCCGGAAAACUGAUUUACUGAAAUCUCCCCUGUAACAGCGCAGAUGGCAGGACGUUAAAUCUUGCCAGAGUUAGUGCAUGCCAAUAUUUGGGGAUGUUAAGCAUUGAAAAAUAUUUCGCUUCUGCCAUUCCGUAACUAUCCACUGCAGUUCUUAAAACUUGUAGGUUACAGUCCCUUAUCCUUUGAGACAAAAGAGUUUUGGCCCAAGAUUUCUUGCUCUUAUUGGCUGCAAAGAGCCUCCUAAUACAAUCUCAGAAGGCAAUUAAAAAGUUAAGUGUACACAAUCUUAAAAGUAAUAACCCUAUUACAAACUGCAAUAAAAUAGAGAUGCUCUUUGUCAACAUAUUCUGUAAAUACAGUUCCAAGUGUAUACUGAGAAAUCAAAUCACAAACAUACCUUCACAGAAAUUAUUUUGGGUUAAAUCUUUUUUAUUAGUAUUUUUUUUAAAACCACAAGAAAAAUAAAUAUUUACCAUAAUAGAGCUUAAGAAGGAAUCAAGCACAUUUAAACCAUAAACAAAAGGGAACCUUCAAGACUCAUUCAAGAGAAACUUUUAUCAGAAUAUUUUUUUUGAAUCUGUAAGCAAGAAAUUGCAUUUACAAAAGUGAAUAAAGGCAGACCAGUUACUAUUGA